UGGUAGUGGCUCAGUGCCCAGGGCAACACGGGCGACGGUGCGUGUGUGUGUGUGGGGGCUUCUCCCCCGAGUGUGAACUGUGCCACGGACCAGCCACCCAGCCCUGUCACGUGCUCCUUGACCUCAGGGCUCCUGCUCCUUAGAUGAAGCCUAAAAGAACUGUGCUAAUAUGACAUUAAGGUAGAUAGAAUUUAAAUACUGAGACCUAAGUUCUAUAUAAUGAACAGCGAGUGAGCAAUAUUUGCUGAUUUUUAAAUAAAGUAGUUGAGGCGUGGAAGGCUACGGCGAGCACACCCUUGGUCAAGACUAGGGGAGUGCAAGCAAGGAGCAGUGGGUGAUGGUGGAGGCGGCCGUGUGGCUGUGGUGGGGCGUGGGCAGACCGCCACGUUACCCAUGACGGAGACGCCCAUGCCUGUCAGCGGCCAGAGGACGCCCCUGCCCGUCCACCACUCUCAGCCUGUCCCCCGCCGCCAUGCUGAAGCAGCACGGGGGGACAGACGCCGCGAUGUGCGUCCCAGACGACCGUCCUCGCAAGAAACUUUCCUUCCGUGAACCCGAAGUGGUGACUUCCUCCAGGAAUGGUGGACACGCUGCUACACUUCCUCGCAGACACCAGGGUGUGGCCUUACACUCGGUUCUACUCAAUCAUACGCAGCAGCACCAACAUUCACCAAGACAGCAAUUUGGCCGCCCUCACAGCAUAGCUGGCAUCGUGGGCUUGGGUGGCUUCAGUGCCCUAGGUGGAGUCCCAGGUUUAGCUAACGUGACCGGCACUCAUUGUGUUACGUCGUCUGGAACUGUGUCUGGUGUAACUGCGAUGGUGGGCAACCCAGGUCUCCUUGGUCCCACCUCUGCACCGGGGAUUUUGGCUGGGCCCGCAACACCCAUAUUAACCCCACCCACAAGCCCCACCCACACAGCCUGUAGCCAGCUCGCCACACCCCCGGUACGGGCGUGGCCCAGCAGCCAACCGUCAGCACUCACCAGUAAGACAGAGCCCACUCAGCCCUGCACACCCUCAGGAAAGACUGGUUCAUCUCAUGCUCCAUCACUCAAGAUGUCCGCCAGCCAGCAAACUCCCCCGCCCUCCGCAAAGUAUGUUACCAGUCCAUUGGCUUCCUCCCCUGCAAGAUCAUCAUUCACACAACCGCCCACACAUCAUAAUAGAAGCGGGUCAUCUCAGCCACCCUCACCUUCAGGGAAGUCCCUUCCUCCAAGUGGCAGUAAGGGAACGAGUCACGCAAAGCCUACCAAACCUGCUUCUCGAAACAGUUCGUUGAAAAAACAAAGGUCAUCACCAAUACAGCAAGCAGUGACCUUCCUGACGGAGAGAGGAGUGGUGAACGGUCGCCCACGCAGUUAUCACAAUGACACAGCCUCUGCAGUUAGCCUUGAAGACAUCGACCUGGAGAGUCAGGCAAUGAGGAUAGUUAGGACAGUGGGUCAGGCGUUCGAGGUGUGUCACAAGAUCUCAGUGAAGGACACUCCACCGUCCCCAGAACCCGCCGAAGACGAAGCCAGUGAACAUGGCUCAGACGCCUCCACAGAAAAACUCAAGAAAGAUCUCUUGGACACCGAGAGCACUCAGGAAGACCUAGUUACCCUUACUCCUUCAGACUCGAUCAAUGAAGAAUCUGUUGAGCACUUACUACAACGGCCCAACAAACUUGAGCCACUUGCCCCUCCAGUUGGUUCAGACAUUCUUUCUAAGGGUGGUGGUGAGACUUACACCUCUCCACUUAGUGAACCCUUGCCCUCGGGAGACUCGUUACCCAUGGCGGGCACACCGCUCUCGGUACAUCAUGAAUUACAACUAUUACGAGAACAGCUUGAACAGCAGCAGCAACAGACUCAAGCAGCAGUCUCUCAAGUUCACCUUUUGCGAGACCAAUUGGCAGCAGAGACGGCAGCACGACUUGAAGCUCAGGCUCGUACCCAUCAACUCUUAGUUCAUAAUAAGGAGCUACUAGAACAUAUUCAAGCCUUGGUUCUCCAAGUUCGUGAUAUGGAGUUGAAGCUGGCAGGUAGUGGCGGCAUCACGGGAACUACACAUCUACUCCCUACACCGCCUGAGAUAAAGUCACAGCUCUUGGUGACCGAUGCCAGCCCUGGCCACAGUAGCCAGUUAGCGGCGGCGUUGGAUCUUGGAGGUCCGGCAUCCCUCCUGUACUGCUCCCAUGAACUCCCACCCACACCCUCACCUAGCAUAGCUCAUCGUACCUUCCUUUUCCCAUCACCUUCAUCCCCAGUCAAUUCUGCAAACUGCCUCUUAGGAGCUCAUCAGCCACCUAUUGGAACCCAAUACGAGUCCAGCUCUAUUUCUCAGUCACGGGAACACUCGCCUCGUGGAACAAAAGUGGGAUCACUAAUACACCCUUUACCUGUCUGGGGAAGUGAGGGAAUCAUUGCUGGGGGAGUAACCCUGGCUGUGCCCCAACAGGAACCUCUCAUGAAUUCUAAGCUGCAAGGAGUACUCCGGUCCAGGGCAGGCCAGCGCUACGAUGAGUGCAGCAGUACCCCGUCCCUCAGCAGCGAGAGUGACCCCAAGCGAGACAGCAGUGGCCAGUCUUCAGGGGAGAGUGUUACACAGGCUGUGGCACAGCUCUACUCCAUGGAAUCUCAACGCUUGGCGCAAGUGCCAGAAGAUGCUGUUACAUAUGGUCCAUAUGGGCCUACACCCCUUGGCACACCCAGGAACUUGAAUGGCCCCAUUACACGUACUGCCAGUGAACGAGUCUCCCGGCAGGAGACAUUAGCUCAGCUGCAACGUAUGGCAUGGGCUAGACAUACCACUAAGUGAAACAUAGACUACCAUCUUCUGGAUUAUUAAUAUGUUAAUUAUUCAUUAAUUGUUCAGAACUAAUGUUGAGUACUGUACUUAGUUUCAGACUAUUCCAUGCAAGGAAAAGCUGUAGUGUUCUCAUAGUAAAACAUGGUUUUAAAUACAUUUUACAUUAAAAAGUAUAUAUUGUCAACUGAAUCAUUGUGUAUUUUAAAAGUGAAGUGAUAUAUGCUGUGCAAAUUUCACGAACUCAUUGAUAAGUGUAACAAAUCUAGAGGUGAUGCACCUCACAUUUGACACAUGUACGGGUGUUUAAAGUGGGUCCAGCUGCUGAGCAUGUACGAGAGUGAACAUGUGCGUGCACCCACACCCUUCAAAACCUGUGAUACAGUCGCGUGUCCCUUGAGUGUUUGUGUGUAAUACUUCAGGCGUACAAAAUUUAGUCUGGGGCCCAUAGUAUGAAACAGUUCUUGUGGCUGCUUACCUCUUGAACAAAUUUCAGGACAUUUAAUUUCCAAUAACAGUGAUAAAUUGUAGGUAAUGUAUUACAGGCAUUUGAUUAAAAAUGACAAGUCAUUUCUUACUAUAAGCAGCCCUCAUUUAGUCGUAUUAAAAAUAAGUAUGAUUUUAAGAUAUUUAAACUAGUUUUAGCUAUUGUAAUUAAAUCUCCAGUAAUUGUGAGUGAAUCUCACUAGAAUCUAUGUUGGAUUCUAAAUGUGGAAACUCCUGGGACGUAGAAAUUGUUUGUAGCUGUGGACUCAUUUCUGUGAGUGACCUAAGGAUUGUUCAGAGUUGAUGUCAUACUCAUGCCAUAUCACCUGUGUUGCCAGAUGGGAAUCAUUGUAAAGAUCACGUCUCCUAUAGUCAGGCAUUUGGCAACACUGUAUAUCACCAACCUGAGCCAUUUUUUCCCAACUCCAUUAUUCCUUUGUAUAUAGUUUGUCUAGAGUAAGACACCUGUUCUGUAUAUUUUUGUGUAUACUUCAGAACUAGGCAAGAACACAAAUCAUACAAGUAAAUACUGUAUGUAUCCUUAAGGAUCUGGAAUCUCAAGUGACUAAUACACAGAAUACUAUACAGUAUCUUCCAUUAUGUUCCAGUAUACUGCUAGUGAUUUAUCUUUAGUUGCAAUUCUUGGUGUAGAUUUUCCACAUGUCCUUUGUUCUCCCUUCAGCGUUAUGUCGGUCAUCCUGUUGACAGUAUUGAUGACUUUUGUUACAGUGCCAAUUUAGUGCCAAGACAAGUUGUGUAACUGGUAAUGUUUCAGUAACAAGCAGUAUUGUACAUUUUUGUCUCAUAUGCACUCACACUCCAAAUUGUUGGUGUCCAGGUUACAGUUUAUAAAUUAAAAUAGUGCUAAGAAAUUUAGUCCAUUGCUUAGUUAUGUCUCUGCAGGACUUGGAGUAUUAUAUUGAGCUAUCAGUUGUCAUAUUUGAUGCCAUUCUAGGGGUUUGUAUCAGAUAAGUUCCUUUUGCAGUACAAGAGAUUUAUAUAAUAAAAUCAUUCUCCAGUGUAGUAUAUUAAUUAAUUUAAUACUGUGCACUGUACAUGAAUAUUACAUGUAAAUUCAGUGAUUGAUAAUCUUAUUGCACCAAGAAAGUAUGAUACAAAUUUCAAUGAUAAAUGGGGCAGGAAAUAAAUGAGGGGUGGGGGGAGAAUUAUAUAACCUGACCUCCUGCAUCUGUGAAAGUGAAGUCUUAAUAUUUUUUUUUCACUCCGUGCUAGUCCGAAUUUGACUUUUAGUAGCUGCUCUCUUUGUUUCCAAUAUGCAACAAUGAUAACAUAAGCAUAGAGGGAUCAGAAUGCUUGAUGAUAUUACAACCGAUUAUCUUUCACAUUCCUACUGGUUUAGGAGUGUCUAGAAGAGAUUGUGCUGUAUAGUAGUUGUGUAAUUAUAUAAUAGCUGUAUUUGGGAGGGAAAUGGUUGCAUCAGGCACCAAAUAAUGCCAUCCAUGUAAGUGACAUGACCAUUUAGUUAACUUUGAGCUUAAAUUAAUUUGAUUAGUUUCUUGCAGUAAGUGUAGUAUAUCAUACCAUUAUCUCAUGUUACAGUUCAAUAUACUGUAUACCAAUUUUAUUGUUAAAAAAAGACGAUGAAGUGUAUUAACACGAGUAGGUCAGUGGAAUGAUUAUACUUGUGGACAUCGCUUGUAAGGAAAAUUAGCAAUCUUAGAAUUCAUAUUCACUAUAUUCUAUUUCUUCCUGAUUAAACAGUCACAUUUAGAAACCAGAACCUCUAGUUUAUGUACAAAUAAACUGUUGUUGUUUUGGCCCUUUUUCUUGGACAACGCUGGUAAAUUAUAGAACUAGGUAUUGCAAAUAAUUCUCUUGUAAUGAAACAGCUGAAUUGCCUUAACUCUAGUGUUGUUUUAGAAUUUGGGCAAUUGUCAUUGAGAUGUCCAGACAUAUGUACUUAAGUUUUUAUCCAUCUGUCCUACAAUAAAAUUAUUUCCCGAG